UCAGUGGAGAAAGUCGAGAGUUAUCCGUUGAGAUUUUUGAUAAAAAUGGGAGCGACAAUGGAAGAGGAGCUGAAGAGGGCAGAACCCGGGCCUGCUGUACUGGCUGAGCCUCCUCUGGCCUCGGCCCCAAACGACCUCGCUGAGGAGAAGGCCGUGUUGCCUCCGCCGCGCGAGGUUGAUGUCAAGGGAGUUGAUGAUACAAAAGCCCUUGCCGUAGUUGAGAAGGCUCCAGAAGAAACAGUGGUGAAAAAGCCUUCUGGAGGAUCGAUUGAUAGAGAUGUAGCUCUUUCACAUCUUGAAAAAGAAAAGAGUUUGUCUUUUAUCAGGGCAUGGGAAGAAAGUGAAAAGGCUAAGGCAGAGAACAAGGCCCAAAAGAAACUUUCUGAUAUUACUGCAUGGGAAAACAGCAGGAAAGCAGCUGCGGAAGCCAAACUGAGAAGCAUGGAGGAAAAAUUGGAGAAGAAAAAGACACAAUAUGCAGAAAAAAUGAAAAACCAAGUUGCUCUUCUUCACAAACAAGCAGAUGAAAAGAGGGCUUUGGCUAUAGCCAAUCGCGGGGAAGAAUUCCUCAAGGCGGAUGAGACCGCAGCUAAAUACCGUGCAACUGGAACUAUACCAAAGAAGUUCCUUGGCUGCUUUUGAAGUACUGCUUUGAGCCUGGUUUGAAAACAAUCAAUGUAACUUCCGGUUUUUUCAUGUGUAAAUCUUUCCUGGUUUGUUCUUUUUUUUUUCUUUUUGUUCGGGUCCUGUUUGGUCUAUGUUUUGUGUGAGAACUGACUGGACUGGACAAUCAGCAAAUGUUCGUUAUCGUCCAUAGUUGUAUAGGAAGUGUAUUUGAUUUGUGAGGUCCAAGUUUGUUACUUGUUAUAUACAUUUAAGAUCAGAUGUUGCUGUCCUUGAGGACUGAAGCUUUUUCUAGUAAUGGGAUAACUCUACACUAUUCAUCUUUCGUU